AAGGUUUUGCGAGGACUAUCUCAACACAGUUUUCCAUGGCUCUUAAUCCACCACUCAUACCGGGUCAAGGCCUUCCCCUGCCUGUUCACGGAGAACUUUUCAUCCUGCAAAGAAGCGAAGUUCGAUUCGAAGCAGAAAUCCUUGGUCAGACCAAGAGGACGUAUGAUCACAAAGGAAAUCUCUAUCUUUCAACUCUCAGAAUGGUCUUCGUAAAGGAUGCGAAUGAUACAGCAAACAGAGGCUGGUUCAGUCUGGGCCCAGAACAUGCCAACGAUUUGAUUGCUUACGAUAUUCCUUUGAGUUUGCUUCGCCAAGAACGCUUCAAUCAGCCAAUCUUUGGCUGCAACAACAUAGAAGCGAUCUGCUUGCCCCUGCCAGGCACGGAUGGGGAAACACACAUCAAGUUGUCUUUCUACUCAGGAGGAGUAGGAACGUUCCUGCCUCUGUUUUUUGACUUGCUAAAUCGUAACCGGCAUCCCUCCGGAACCAUGGACGAGAACUUUCGCACGGCUGUGUCUUCGGGUCAAUUCAUGAGAGCUGCAUACAUUGAUCCCAACGAUCCUUCGAUGAUCUUCGUAUCAUCACAGCCUGCUACCCCACAGAGCAACUCUCUGAGCAGAGACGAUUACUACAGACUUGGUCCUCAGGCUGCUGUCGCAUCGCCCACCGUCCAGCCUGCCCCGGAGCCCAGAGCACCCGUCAUCAUUCCAACUGCUACCCCGAUCCAUGAGGAGCGACCUGCUCCGAGCAGCUCUUCCUCCCCGUCAGUUCCUGAUGGGUGGACUGUCGUGUCGCCUUCCAAGUAGGACGGAGAGAAAAGGGACAUCGUACUUGUACAUAUAGGAAGAACCCUUAAAGGUUCGAUUGAAAUUUCAAUAGAUCCGAGAUUGGAGGAUC